AUGUGUGAAGGUGUAACCGGGGCUGCUCUGACCGUUUUGGCUUCAGAAACUCAGAAAGAGAAAGAAGAAGAAAAACGGACAAGAGAAUCUGAUUCUAAUUCCGAAGGGUACGGCGGAGAUUCUAACGUUGAUGAACUGGCUCCUUACACCAACACCUUCACAGUCUCCAGCUUCAGUUACCCACCUACACUUCUCAGGAAUUCUAAUUUUCGCUAUAUUAGAGUUGAGCUGCCACCAUGGUUCUCUUCAAUGUCUAUAGCAAUGAACUCGAACGUAGACCUAGGUCAUGUAAACAUAGAAAAGGUUCCGAAAAGUACAAUGCCAUUGAUUUGCUUCAGAGAUGGUAGCCUUCCACUGCCCGAUGCCAAUACCUCUCUAACAGAUUCAGGCCAUCCAGUUUUAGUUCCUCUUUACGAUGGUUCACUUGAGGCAACACAAACUCUUCAGAUUGCAGAGCAAUGCUAUCCUAUGCAAAAGAAUUUCACAGUGAAGUUGACAAAUGAGCAGAUUUCUCCCGGAGUCUGGUAUUUGGGUCUUUUCAAUGGUAUUGGACCUGCGAGGACACAAUCAAAAAUGAUCAACCGUAAAUCAGAAUAUACCUUCAGUGCCAACAUCACUGUUGAAGGAUGUACAACUCAAACCAUGUGGGGCCAGUAUUGCAACCAGACAAUUUAUCCUCUUUCUUGUUCUCUAUCUGGCAGGUACAAUGGUGCAGAAAAUUCUUCAGAGGCUAAUUCGUACAACCGUACAAUGGAUUAUGGUAUUUUUUGCAAAAAUGACCUGGAAACUUCUUGUCAAGGAGAAUGGGAACCAAAGUUUUACUCUUUGGAUGUGGUGGGAAUAUCACAAGAGUUAAACAUUGUGGCAGUGGAUGUUUGGUUAAAUGAAACAUCAUCAAAUAACACUAGGAAUGGUAGUGAUAUUAAUUUAAUGUGUUUUGCACGUCAUGGUGCACUACCUUCAGAAUCUCUGCAUGAUUAUUCCAGUAAUAUAAACAAAAAUACAAUGGUCAUUAACUUUCCAAAGGUUGGCCGCUGGUAUAUUACUAUUUUACCUGUCAACUUCACAAAAGUACUUGGGGGGAGUUUAGAUACUUCCAUUGGAGUUUGCUACUCCAUGGAAACGAAACUGCUUGAAUGUCCGCUGGGGAAGGCUGGUGCCAAUUGUCCAUGGGAAACACACACCCUUCAGACGGUUCUGAGGAGAGGUUCACUUUUCUUUGAGUCAUACUAUUUACCUGACAGUGGAGAAGUAUCUUCUGAUUCAGCCAAUUUCCCUAUUGAUUCGCUUGUAACCAACACUUCGAUUGGUGAAAAACCAGAUAAUACAUGGACUUAUUUUGUUCUUGACGUUCCUCGAGGUGCAGCUGGAGGAAAUAUGCACAUUCGAUUAACAUCAGAUGCAAAGAUUAAUUAUGAAGUAUAUACUAGAUUUGGUGGAUUACCAUCUCUAACCAGCUGGGACUACUAUUAUGCUAACAUGACAAGCAAUAGUGUCGGCUCCAUGUUUUUCAACUUAUACAACUCAAGUGAAGACAAGGUUGAUUUUUACAUUUUGUACGUCAGAGAAGGAACUUGGGGUUUUGGACUAAGACAUCUAGAUGCCACCAGUAUUGCUUCCAAAGUUCAAACUACCAUGUCUCUUUCCCUUGAAAGAUGCCCUAGAAGAUGCUCCUCACAUGGAAAAUGCCAAGAUGUCUUAGAUGCUAGUGGAUUAACAUCAUACAGCUACUGCUCAUGUGACCGAGACCACGGAGGCUUUGAUUGUAGCAUUGAAAUUGUAUCUCGUCAUGGGCACAUAUGGCAAUCAAUUCUGCUUGUUGCGUCAAAUGCUGCAGCUGCACUUCCUGCUUUUUAUUCCCUUCGACAAAAGGCAUUGGCAGAAUGGGUGAUAUUUACAUCUAGUGGAAUUGCAAGUGGAAUUUAUCAUGCCUGUGAUGUGGGAGCAUGGUGUCUUCUGGAUUUUAAUUCUUUACAGUUCAUGGACUUCUGGCUGUCUUUCAUGGCCAUAGUGAGUACAUUUGUGUACCUAGCUACAAUGGAUGAAGCUUAUAAGAGACCAGUACUCACAGCUGUAGCAAUUUUUACUGCUCUUAUGGCAGUCACUAAGGCCACAAGGACGUCCAAUAUUGUGAUUGUAAUGUCAAUUGGCAUUUCGGCUCUUGUUCUUGGAUGGCUGAUAGAAUUAACUACCAAGUAUAGGUUAUUUCCCUCUCCGGUCGGAUUCUCCUUAAACAUAAUCGAGAGGUUCCAAGGUGUUAGAGGAUGGCUAAAAAAUCUGAUCAAGACAAUUUUCAGAAGAUUUCGAUGGGGCUUUGUGCUAGCAGGCUUGAUUACAUUAGCCAUGGCAGCAAUUAGCUGGACACUGGAGAGUACUGAAACCUACUGGAUAUGGCACAGCCUUUGGCAUGUCACCAUCUAUACGUCUUCCUUCUUCUUCCUUUGCUCAAAAUCAAAUACUGAGAGUACCGCAAGUACUGUAGAUACUGUUAUUGUUGAUACUGAGAGUCAGAGACCCCCAAAUGGAGCCUAUGAGUUGACUAGGCAGGAUUCAUUGCCAAGAAGUUGAUAAAUAGCGCAAGCAAGAAUUUUGCUGAGUUAAAGGGUAGUAGAAAAAAGAAAUGAUAUUUGUAAAGGCCAAAGAGAAUGAUAAUUGUCUGACUGCAUCUUAGAA